AUUAAUCAAAAAUUGUCAAACAUUUGAACAAUUAAUCGGUAGUGAAAAGAGUUGCAGAGAAGAAUAAUGGCAGCAAGGAAGCGGGCUUCAGCAACUGCAGACGCUACCCAGAAACCCGAACCCGAGAAACCCAAGCCCGAAAGCCCGCCAUCGGAUCCCCCAAUUCGACCUCCGAAAUUCCCAACAAUUCUCAAAAUUUUGCUCGUAUUUUUGAUCCCAUAUUCCUACUUGAUUUUCUAUCACUGCAAAAUUGAUUAUGAGCUCAAGAAAUCGAUCUCGAUCAGUGCUUUCGUCAGCAUGAUGGGGUUCUUCGUUACGGUAAAAAUGAUUCCUGUGGCGUCUAAAUAUGUAUUGAGAAGGAAUUUAUUUGGGUAUGAUAUUAAUAAGAAAGGUACCCCUGAUGGAUCCAUUAAAGUGCCUGAAUCGUUGGGCAUUGUUGUCGGGAUAGUUUUUCUAGUUGUGGCGAUCUUGUUUCAGUACUUCAACUUCACUGCAGAUUCAAAUUGGCUCGUUGAAUACAACGCUGCACUAGCGUCAAUUUGCUUCAUGAUUCUUCUUGGAUUUGUCGACGACGUUCUUGAUGUACCUUGGAGAGUGAAAUUAGUGUUGCCAUCUAUUGCCGCUCUCCCGUUAUUGAUGGCUUACGCUGGACAUACAACUAUAAUUAUACCAAAGCCACUCGUUCCUUAUGUUGGAUUAGAGAUUUUAGAUUUAGGGUGGAUAUAUAAGCUCUACAUGGGGUUAUUAGCUGUAUUUUGCACAAACUCGAUAAACAUUCAUGCGGGCAUCAAUGGCCUCGAAGUUGGACAGACAGUCGUUAUCUCUUGUGCUAUUUUGAUACAUAAUAUCGUACAAAUAGGGGCGUCUAGCGAUCCGGAAUACAAACAAGCACAUGCAUUCUCGAUUUACCUUGUUCAACCUUUGCUUGCAACUUCUUUAGCUUUACUCUCUUAUAACUGGUAUCCAUCUUCGGUUUUCGUUGGGGACACCUACACUUACUUUGCUGGGAUGGCUAUGGCUGUUGCUGGAAUUUUAGGCCAUUUUAGCGAAACACUUUUGGUAUUCUUCGCUCCACAAGUUCUGAACUUUCUGCUUUCUCUCCCUCAGCUGGCUGGUAUUAUACCUUGUCCGAGGCAUAGACUGCCAAAGUUCGACCCCAAGUCGGGACUUCUAACAGGGACAAAUGACGGGACACUUGUCAACUUAUUCCUAAGACAAUUUGGUCGGAUGUCUGAGAAAACCCUUUGUAUUCAACUCUUAGUUUUCCAGGGCGUGUGCUGCGGAUUCUGUUUCUUGCUGAGGUGGUUCCUCACAGGGUGGUACAAGUGAUUGGUUUCUGCUAUUUCCAGAUAUAUUUUAACUAAGUACCAGAGUGGCUGCAUUACUUAUAUUGUGAAUUUUAUGAUAUAAAUUAAAUGAUAAUAUAUCAAUUUUCUUUUCUUUUU